GGAGAAGCAUUUUGUACGAGUUGAAAGAUUGGGCUUUCUCUCUAGUUUUCCAGAUGUAUUGUCUCAUCUGCAUACUUGAAACAUCCACAGUCACAUAAACUCCAGAUGUAACCAUGGAGUUAUGCGACCCAUCAAGAUAUAGGAAAAGUGUUGCCAAGGUUCGGAACCAGGCAGUUUUCCACCAGUUCAACAGCUAAUAUAACUAAUAUAUUCUGUGCUGAUUAUCAAGAAUAAAGAGCCAAAUAAAGUCGUGCAUAUUCUGUUGGCAGAUGGACUCUGUGGUUGAAUUUUACUGUAACUGGUUACUCUGUCAUUCAAAGUAAACUUAAUAUGCAAGUUAUGUCCUAAUGGAUGUAAAGACCUGUGUUGACGUAUCCAGAUUCUAGCACAUGUUGAAGAUAAGAAACCUAUUAUGACUAAUCCUUGGGAAGAGAAAGUCUGCAAAAUGGCUCAAACGAGUUUACUGCAGGGGAAGCAGUUUUACUGUAGGGAGUGGGUUUUCCACAAGCUUCAGCAUUGCCUCCAGGAGAAAACUAACUGCUGCAACAGUGCUGUCAACACACCACCCCUUGUCAUGAAUUCUGGGAAUAAUGCUAGUGUUGUCUCUGGAAAAGGAGCUGCCUGGGGUGUGUUAUUGGUAGGAGGGCCUGGCAGUGGCAAGACAGCCCUAUGCACUGAGCUCUUGUGGCCAAGUUCACCUACAAGCUUGCAGAGAGGUCUGCAUCGCCAGGCUUUGGCCUUUCAUUUCUGCAAGGCCCAGGACUCUGAUACUUUGUGUGUCGGAGGGUUUGUUAGAGGUCUGGUUGCCCAGAUUUGCCGCAGUGGACUACUCCAAGGAUAUGAGGACAAGCUAAGGGAUCCAGCAGUUCAAAGCCUCCUACAGCCCGGGGAAUGUGAGAGAAACCCAGCUGAAGCAUUUAAAAGGUGUGUUCUGCUCCCUCUGUUGGGGAUGAAGCCUCCGCAGCAGAGCCUGUACCUGCUCGUGGAUUCUGUUGACGAAGGGUGCAGUGUGACCGAAGGAGAGCACACAUCUGCCAGUUUAUCUGGGACUGUUGCAGAGCUUUUAGCUGCUCACCACGAGUUCUUCCCACCAUGGUUAUUGCUUCUCUGUUCUGCCCGAAAACAGAGCAAAGCUGUUACUAAAAUGUUUACCGGUUUUCGAAAAAUAAGUUUAGAUGACCUUCGGAAGGCAUAUAUCGUUAAAGAUGUUCAACAGUACAUUCUUCAUCGUUUAGAUCAAGAAGAAGCUUUGCGACAGCACCUCACAAAAGAGACUGCAGAGAUGUUAAACCAGCUGCACAUUAAAAGUAGUGGGUGCUUUCUUUAUCUAGAAAGAGUUCUCGAUGGAGUUGUAGAAAAUUUUAUUAUGUUAAGAGAGAUUCGUGACAUCCCAGGAACUCUAAAUGGUCUGUAUCUCUGGCUGUGUCAAAGACUUUUUGUAAGAAAACAGUUUGCAAAGGUUCAGCCUAUUUUGAAUGUGAUUCUUGCAGCCUGCCGACCUUUGACCAUAACGGAAUUAUACCAUGCGGUAUGGACCAAAAAUAUGUCAUUAACCUUGGAAGACUUUCAACGCAAGUUAGAUGUCCUCUCCAAACUUCUUGUUGAUGGACUAGGAAAUACUAAAAUACUGUUUCACUAUAGUUUUGCAGAGUGGCUUCUGGAUGUGAAACACUGCACUCAGAAGUAUUUAUGUAAUGCAGCAGAAGGACACCGAAUGUUGGCUAUGAGUUAUACCUGUCAAGCCAAGAAUUUAACACCAUUGGAAGCACAAGAAUUUGCAUUGCACUUAAUUAAUUCAAACUUACAGUUAGAGACAGCUGAAUUAGCUCUGUGGAUGAUAUGGAAUGGUACACCUGUCAGAGACUCCCUGUCUACUUUAAUACCCAAGGAACAAGAAGUGCUACAGCUGUUGGUUAAAGCUGGUGCUCAUGUCAACAGCGAAGAUGAUCGCACAUCAUGCAUAGUCCGACAGGCCUUAGAAAGAGAGGAUUCCAUUCGGACAUUAUUAGAUAAUGGAGCUUCUGUGAAUCAGUGUGAUUCGAAUGGGAGGACAUUAUUGGCUAAUGCUGCUUACAGCGGCAACCUUGAUGUAGUGAAUUUACUUGUAUCCAGGGGAGCAGAUUUAGAGAUAGAAGAUGCUCAUGGACACACACCACUUACCCUAGCUGCCAGACAGGGACAUACCAAGGUGGUUAAUUGCUUGAUUGGCUGUGGAGCAGAUAUUAAUCAUACUGAUCAAGAUGGCUGGACAGCAUUAAGAUCUGCUGCUUGGGGUGGUCACACUGAGGUGGUUUCUGCACUACUUUAUGCUGGUGUAAAAGUGGAUUGUGCAGACGCUGACAGCAGAACUGCUCUGAGAGCAGCAGCCUGGGGAGGACAUGAGGAUAUUGUCCUGAAUUUGCUCCAACAUGGUGCUGAAGUCAACAAAGCUGAUAACGAAGGCAGAACUGCUUUGAUAGCAGCAGCCUACAUGGGACACAGAGAGAUUGUGGAACACCUGCUGGACCACGGAGCAGAAGUGAAUCACGAGGAUGUGGAUGGCAGGACUGCACUCUCUGUAGCUGCGCUUUGUGUUCCCGCAAGUAAAGGGCAUGCAUCAGUUGUUAGCCUCUUAAUCGAUCGAGGUGCUGAAGUAGAUCAUUGUGAUAAAGAUGGCAUGACUCCGCUGCUGGUAGCUGCCUAUGAAGGACACGUCGAUGUGGUUGACUUGCUUCUAGAGGGGGGAGCAGAUGUAGACCACACAGAUAACAAUGGUCGUACACCCCUCUUAGCAGCAGCUUCUAUGGGUCAUGCUUCGGUUGUAAACACACUUUUGUUCUGGGGUGCAGCUGUGGACAGCAUUGACAGUGAAGGGAGGACAGUCCUCAGCAUAGCUUCAGCCCAAGGAAAUGUUGAAGUAGUACGUACUCUCCUGGAUAGAGGGUUAGAUGAAAACCACAGAGACGAUGCUGGAUGGACACCUUUGCACAUGGCAGCUUUUGAAGGUCACAGGUUAAUAUGUGAGGCACUUAUUGAACAAGGUGCUAGAACAAAUGAGAUUGACAAUGAUGGGCGGAUACCUUUCAUACUAGCUUCACAAGAGGGUCAUUAUGAUUGUGUUCAAAUAUUACUGGAAAAUAAAUCGAACAUUGAUCAAAGAGGUUACGAUGGAAGAAAUGCACUGCGGGUUGCUGCGUUAGAAGGACACAGGGACAUUGUUGAAUUACUUUUCAGCCAUGGAGCCGAUGUUAACUACAAAGAUGCCGAUGGGAGGCCCACACUUUAUAUUUUGGCCUUAGAAAACCAACUUACGAUGGCUGAGUACUUUUUAGAAAAUGGGGCAAAUGUAGAAGCAAGUGAUGCUGAAGGAAGGACAGCACUUCAUGUUUCCUGCUGGCAGGGCCACUUGGAAAUGGUGCAGCUUCUGAUCACCUACCACGCUGACGUCAACGCUGCAGACAAUGAAAAGCGCUCUGCUCUGCAGUCUGCAGCCUGGCAGGGCCACGUGAAAGUGGUGCAGCUUCUGAUCGCGCACAGUGCGGCGGUCGACCACACGUGCAAUCAGGGUGCCACUGCGCUCUGUAUUGCGGCCCAGGAAGGGCACAUCGAUGUUGUGCAGGUUCUGUUGGAGCAUGGUGCUGAUCCAAACCACGCUGACCAGUUUGGACGCACUGCUAUGCGUGUUGCAGCCAAAAACGGACAUUCUCAAAUAAUUAAAUUACUAGAAAAAUAUGGUGCAUCCAGUUUGAAUGGCUGUUCUCCAUCUCCUGUACACACCAUGGAGCAGAAACCUCUACAAUCGGUGACUUCAAAAAUGCAAUCACUAACAAUUAAGUCGAAUAGCUCUGGCAGCACUGGUGGAGGGGACGUGCAGCCUUCGCUACGCGGGUUACCGAACGGGCCAGCUCACGCCUUCAGUUCUCCUUCAGAAUCGCCUGAUUCAACAGUUGAUCGGCAGAAGUCAUCAUUGUCAAAUAAUUCCUUGAAAAGCUCAAAAAAUUCGUCUUUGAGAACCACUUCGUCUACAGCAACGGCUCAAACAGUGCCAAUUGACAGCUUUCACAGCUUGUCAUUUACAGAGCAAAUUCAGCAGCACUCACUGCCGCGCAGUAGAAGUCGGCAGUCGAUCGUUUCCCCGUCUUCCACAACGCAGUCCUUGGGGCAGAGCCACAACUCACCCAGUAGCGAGUUUGAGUGGAGCCAAGUAAAGCCCAGUUUGAAGUCAACUAAAACAAAUAAAGGGGGGAAAUCAGAAAAUUCCGGCAAAUCUGGGUCAGCUGGGAAAAAAGCGAAACAAAAUAAUUCUUCACAGCCAAAGGUUUUGGAAUAUGAAAUGACUCAGUUUGAUAAGAGAGGACCUACAGCCAAAUCUGGGACCAGUGCACCAUCUAAACAAAUGCCCACAGAAUCGCAGUGCAAAAUCAUGAUACCUUCAGCUCAGCAGGAAAUUGGUCGAUCGCAACAGCAGUUUCUUAUUCACCAACAAAGUGGGGAACAGAAGAAGAGAAAUGGAAUAAUGACAAAUCCAAAUUACCAUCUUCAGAGCAACCAGGUUUUUCUUGGUAGGGUCUCAGUCCCACGAACAAUACAAGACAGAGGGCAUCAGGAAGUGUUAGAAGGAUAUCCUUCCUCGGAGACGGAGUUAAGCCUUAAACAAGCCCUGAAGCUUCAGAUUGAGGGUUCUGACCCUAGCUUCAACUAUAAGAAGGAAACACCAUUAUAAGAGUUUCCUGUUCUGUGAAACAGAAGACAUUGUGAUUGGAGUGAUUCUUCAGCUACUGGAUGAAAACAUCAAAUGCCUGUUGAUUUGCUGGAAAAAAAAAUGAAGAAUGUGAUAUCUGCAGUACAGUUACCUUAAUUACUGUAAUGUGCCUAAAUAGUAAGGCUGCCUUCUCAAUGUAACCCUCUGUGCUUAACAAAUUUCAUUUUGUGUGCUUUAUAUUCACUACCCAAGAAUAAGCACUUUUUUUUCAAUGCAGAUAUAUACUGCAGUUCCUCUAAAAGCUGAAAAAUUUUGAGUAAAGCAUUUUAAGUUAAGAUUUGAUAAAUGUGCAUGUGCCAUGAUCAAAUAUAUAUGAAAAGGCAGUGUUCCUUGUAUUUAUUUUUUUCUUUCUGUGGCAAACGAAACUUAAGCAUAGUGUUUCAGUCACAUUUGCCUUGUUGUAGUGUAUGGCUUGUUUCCUGUAUCCUUAAAAAUGUCAUUCAAUAAAAUAAAUCAUACAACUAUUUUAUGUUCACUACAUCUUCAGCAUUGGUUACAAACUGUGUUUCUAUUUAAUGCCACACUGAGAUGAAAAAAAAAUGGUUUUGUGAAAGACUUUUUUAAAGUGUAGUAUUUUAGGGAGCUGCUCUAAGUAGUUUAAAUUUGGAUUUCCCAGUAGCAUCCUCCUAAUCUUCAGCUAAAGUUUCAAAAGAAAGAAAGAAAAGAAAAAAAAUUCACACAAACAGACUGUAGGCAGAACAAAGUUCUGUUUCAUUCGCUAGGAUGCAAUUUCACCUUCCACUCACUUGUCAUUCCACCUCCAAGAAGACAGAUGAUCAUUCCUGAGGCAUGAAAAUUCUCAGGGACAAAGCCAGGCCUCAGUGGCACAUGUGUGUAGCGGGAGAUGCACCUGUCGAUCUGAGGGUAGAUUUCUGAUCCCUGAACAAUUCAUUGACUACUCUUACCUCUUCCAUUCAGUUAAAUAAAAUAUAAUUUGUCACUCUAAAUUUUAAUGCUGGCUUCUCUGUGGUUUGUAAAUCACUGCAUGACCAAAAUAGCCCCCACCCAAAAUCAGUUGGAUUAAUUUUAGUGAUUCGUUGGAUGAAUAUUCUUGGUGAAUAUGUGUUCUCUUCACAGAUGACAGCACUAACCUUUCAGUCAGAGCACAGGUGUAUUUUUUUAUUGCUAUUUGAUAAAUAUUAGUAAUAGAUUUGCACUUUUCUGUCCACAUACUCUUUCCUGUUUUCCUCUUUGGACAGUUGCUUCCAGAAUAAUGGAUGUAACCAAGAAAAACAAACUUGAUUGCUCAAAUGAGCAUGUGACCACAGCCUUAGCCUCCAGGAUGGACUCUAAACCAGCUGAGCUAGCUUAGAUGGGUUAUGUGCGUGUCUGGAAAAGUUAGAAUGUAUUGUUCAGAAACCAAGGUUUGUAGGUUUGAUCUAUGAAAAAGCCUGGGAUCUUACAAAACCCACAUUGUAUUCUUUCCAUGUGCUGUUGAUAAGGAGGAAUAAGGAAAGAGAAUUUGGAGAUUCAGCACAAAACCAUUGCUACUACUGGAAAAAAUCUUUAGAAGAUGUCUUAGUAACAGAGGUCAGUAAUGUCAUCUUCAUGUAUGAAGGACACAUGUGUUGCAUUGUUCACGGAAAUAGAAAUGUGUAAUUGAUUGUGAUAAAUGUUUCGCUUGAUCUUUGUGUAAGGCUUUUAUUUUGCUUCUGUUUUUUUAAGUCAGCAAAGCACAUGUGUUUAUGUCAUCAGUAAGUUAUAAUCAGGAAUAGGAGAUAAGUUGGUAAGUUCAAUCAAUAUUAAGGUGACAUGGCAAUAUUUAUAACUCGAAUGUGAAUGUUUCAAGUAUUGAACUUUUGUCCCCAUGGGACAUUUAUUAAAUACACUUAAUAGGACUCUUGCAAAGUAGCCUUAAAAGUGUUAAUGAUUCUGUUAAUAAAUAUGAACGCAUACUAUUAUUAGAACCAACUUUGGUCAUAUCUCAAACACAGUGCAUUUACAUAAUUCUAGAAGAUGAAGCUCUAAUUUCUUAGUAGGUGUAUUUUUCUUUAGAAAGAGAAUCCUGAAAGUGCCGGUUUUUCUAUUAAACUUUGAAUUAUUGGAAUUGUAUUUAUUUAAUUUUAUUGUUUUUACAAAAGUGCACCUUGUGGCCAAAGGGCAAAGAUAUGACUCAUUACAUGAGGGAUUUAUGUUUUUUGAAGAGCUAAAUGUUUUCAUAACCAUUCUAUAUACACUUGAAACAGCUGUAGGAAGAGAAACUGUUGGGAAAAUAUGACUUUCAAAAGUAAGUAUUCCUUUGGAUGUUUUUAUAUUAAUUAAGCUUCGGAGUAGAAUAGCAGUGGCUUUCAGUUCGGGUAAGGAUGAUAAGGGGGAGCUGAAGAUGCCCUGCUUUUCUUACUGGUUUCGGUGGGGAUUUAUUUAAUACCAUGACUGAAAAUGGCUUCUGCCCCAUUAAGAAGAGUAAAAAUAGUCCCGCAACUAUAAAGCUCCUCAAUAGCUAUUUUUAAAAUAAAAAUGUUUAAAUUUUGUAAAUCACCUGAUGCCACUACACGACUGUGAUGCCAUCUGCUUAUAACGUUUUUAUACCAUUCCAUCUGCGCUCAUUCCCUAAAAGUCAUGAGUUGAUAAUAAGGGAAGUGAUAAAAAAUACAGUAAUGAAAGAUAAAAAUGUCUAUGUUUGUAGGAGAGGUUUUGGAAGGAAGACUGACCAGGACGCAGUGUGUACUGCAAAGUACAGCCAGUUAUGUCCCUCACCCUCACCCCCAUGCUGACCGGAAUCCUCACCAAAAGUAGUUCACUGCUUAAAAAACAGGAGUAAAUAUUUUUCUCAAUAUUGUUUGGCUAUGCAAAUGUUUGUUUUGCUUAGUGUCCUCCAUUUACACUUCUCUGCAAAUGUAGUUACAAAUGCUUUUUUUAAAAAUUUUCCCUUGGUUUGAGGUAUGUAAAUAGCCUAAAAUGUACAUUGAAUUUCACAUUGUAAAAGUUUUAUUUUAUUCCUUGUAUUAUAUUAAGCAAAAAUCCCUAUGUAUAUGAAAGUGCAUAAUAAAUAUAUUUGCUUUACAGAGGAUAUCUUGUUUUAAUUUC